UCCUCCCCGGCCCCGUUGCCUGGUCCACACCCGCGCCGAGGUCACGGGAUCCCGGUCUUCCCGUGGCUUAGCUCACUAACCCCCUGGCAGCCGGGUGGAGGGGUUUCUACGCUCUCCCUCCCAUCUCGCGCGCUGGGCCCUCCCCAUGUAGGGGGCUGCGCAGCGGGGUAGGGACGUCCUGGAGUUCCUAAAAUUCCCUCCGGUGCUCUUUUCAUCCUCCACACAGACCCUAGUUGGGGCCCUGCCUCAGCCUCCCCCAGACCCUGGCCUCUGGUCCCGUCCCUGCGUAGUGGGGCGUCGGGGUUCUCAGCUACCCUACCCCUCCUGACGGUGGGGGUGUGUGUGUGUGUCUCGGAGCCCUUGACAUCCCCCACCCGCGGCCAUUCCCAUCGCAGAUCCACAGUGCGUUUGUCUCAGCAUCCCCCAGGGAUUUUCUCCCCACAGCCCCACUUCCGGGUCUCUCCCGCCACCGAUGGCUUCACGCCCUGGAGUGGGAGGAUCACGGCGCCCCCUCCUGGCUCCGCUAACCCCCCAGGUCCGACAGUCCGCCCCCUCCAUCUUGUUUCCCACAGUGCAGCUAAUUUUCUGGAAAGCACGAGGGUGGCGGGUGGGGGGUGGGCUCUCAGCGCCAUCCCUGGCCGCCCCUCCAUUUUUUUUUAACCAACGCGGGUUCACUCCAAGAGGCAUGCUUCGUGCCUGACAAACUCGGUGUGCCCGAGGGUGCGGCUUUAGAAGGGUUGCCAGCAUCCUCUCCUGGCUCGCUCCAUGUGCCUUGCUUGUUCCCCAAGGCCCCAAACCCUCCUGGCCCUGGGUCUCGCCACACCCCCUUACUUCUCUCUUCUGACUUCACCCUGGGAAGUCAGCGCUGUUGCUGCUGGAGCGCCUGAGGGCGGCGGCAUGGAGGCGCGUUUCACGCGUGGGAAGUCGGCGCUGCUGGAACGCGCGCUGGCCCGGCCGCGCACCGAGGUGAGCCUGAGUGCCUUUGCCCUGCUCUUCUCCGAGCUGGUUCAGCACUGCCAGAGCCGCGUCUUCUCCGUGGCGGAGCUGCAGGCACGCCUGGCCGCGCUGGGCCGCCAGGUGGGCGCCCGCGUCCUGGAUGCGCUGGUGGCUCGCGAAAAGGGCGCCCGGCGGGAAACCAAGGUGCUGGGUGCCCUGCUCUUCGUUAAGGGCGCCGUGUGGAAGGCACUCUUCGGCAAGGAGGCCGACAAGCUGGAGCAGGCAAACGACGACGCCCGCACCUUCUACAUCAUCGAGCGCGAGCCGCUCAUCAACACCUACAUCUCGGUGCCCAAGGAGAACAGCACGCUCAACUGUGCCAGCUUCACCGCGGGCAUCGUGGAGGCGGUGCUCACGCACAGCGGCUUCCCCGCCAAGGUCACCGCGCACUGGCACAAGGGCACCACGCUGAUGAUCAAGUUCGAGGAGGCCGUCAUAGCCCGGGACCGGGCCCUGGAGGGCCGCUGAUCUCCCCGAGAUAAAGGAUGCAGACAGCCCCCUUCCCAA